CGAACAGUUCGCGACCCGGAGGAGACUACGCGGACGCGAGGCGGGGCGACGGAGAAGAGUGAAAAGAAGCGGCUGGUGACUCCACAUGUAUAGGAGGAAGUAUGUAGUAGUCUGCAACCCUCCCCGGAUCAGCAGAGGGGGUGGAGCAGCAACCGGGACGGCUUGGAGGAGUAGGAUAAUUGGCCAGAUACAAUUGAGGAGAAAAAGGGGGGGAAACCACAAAAAAAACCUCCACUGCUAUGUCUCCUAAACAUCUCCAUGCCUACACAGGUCGGCGAGUACUGUAAGUGCCGCUGCUCCUAUGGAAGUGGAUGCCAAGCCCCAUUCCCAGUCCCAUGGCUUCAGAUACAGCCUUAAUUACCCCACCAUUGGCCAGUGUAUCAUCAUAAACAACAAAAACUUUGACAUAAGAACAGGCAUGAAUAAGCGAAAUGGUACAGACGUGGAUGCAGCCAAUGUAAUGAAUUCCUUCGGGAAAUUGGGUUAUAAAGUGAAGGUUUACAAUGACCAGACUGUUGACCAGAUUAAACACGUUUUAACUGCCGCGUCAAAGGAGGAUCACAGUUGUUCCGCCUCAUUUGCGUGUGUUCUGUUGAGUCACGGGGACGAAGGUGUAUUCUUUGGUACAGAUGCAUCAAUAGAGCUCAAAAGCCUAACCUCACUUUUCAGGGGUGAUCUUUGCAAAUCCUUGGUGGGAAAGCCCAAACUCUUCUUCAUUCAGGCCUGCAGAGGCACGGAUCUAGAUGGGGGCAUCGAAACAGAUAGUGGUGAAGAUGGCAGUACGGCAAAGAUCCCUGUGGAGGCGGACUUCCUCUAUGCUUACUCCACAGCCCCAGGCUACUACUCCUGGAGGAAUACUAUGACCGGGUCCUGGUUUAUCCAGUCCCUGUGUGAGAUGAUCAACAAAUACGGAAAAGAGCUGGAGCUCCUCCACAUCAUGACACGAGUGAACCACAAGGUGGCGGUAGAGUUCGAGUCUGUCUCCAAUUCACCAGGUUUUGAUGCAAAGAAGCAAAUCCCAUGCAUUGUGUCAAUGUUGACCAAAGAGAUGUAUUUCACCCCUUGA